CAGGCAGAUCGCAGCUGGCACAACCAUUCAGAAAAAGGAAAAUAAAAGCAACGCACGAGCCCGCCGGCCGGGCACCGUGGGGCUGGGCUGGAGCUGAGGUAGCCAAGGGGCUAGUUUCUCUUUCUCUCUUACCUUUCUAAUGACGGUGCUGGAAGGUGACGGUUCCGAGAUUUGAGAAGCUUCCAAAGGUGAGACAUCUAGAAUGGAGAUGUCAGAGAUCUCUUUGGGUCUAGAAGGGCCUGACAAAGUAACGGAAUAAUUCUAAUUUUAGAGAAGGCAAGUGCUUUAGUCCUCAUGCUGGGAUGGCAGAAGAUAAACCUGAUGCUAAGAGCCCCAAGACUUCGGCAAGGCCUCAAGGUGGUGCUGAAGCUGGGGAACCCACCACCCUCCUCCAAAGGCUCCGAGGUACCAUUUCCAAGGCCGUGCAGAACAAAGUAGAGGGAAUUCUGCAAGAAGUACAGAAGUUCUCCGACAAUGACAAGCUGUAUCUCUACCUUCAGCUCCCUUCAGGGCCCAGCAUUGGAGAGAAAAGCUCAGAGCCAAGUAUACUCAGCAAUGAGGAGUAUAUGUAUGCCUAUAGGUGGAUCCGCAACCACCUGGAAGAGCACAUGGACACUUGUCUGCCAAAGCAGAGUGUCUAUGAUGCCUAUCGAAAGUACUGUGAGAGUCUUGCCUGUUGCCGCCCACUCAGCACAGCCAACUUUGGUAAAAUCAUCAGAGAGAUCUUCCCUGACAUCAAGGCCCGAAGACUCGGUGGUCGGGGCCAAUCCAAAUACUGUUACAGUGGCAUCCGAAGGAAGACCUUGGUAUCUAUGCCACCACUGCCUGGACUUGACCUAAAGGGUUCUGAGAGUCCAGAAAUGGGCCCAGAAGUAACCCCAGCACCUCGGGAUGAACUGGUAGAGGCAGCCUGUGCCCUGACUUGUGACUGGGCAGAACGGAUCCUGAAACGGUCCUUCAGUUCCAUCGUCCAGGUGGCCCGCUACCUAUUGCAGCAGCAUCUCAUCUCUGCCCGAUCCGCACAUGCUCAUGUGCUUAAGGCUGGGGGCCUUGCUGAAGAAGAUGAAAGAGUCCCUCGAGAACGGUCAUCAUGUAAAUCCAAGAAUGGUGUUGAGAACCCGGAAGGUGGCGGUCCUAAGAAGCCUGAAAGACCUGCCCAGCCUCCUAAGGAGCUAGAACCCCGGGCUGGAACUGACCCUGCAGGACAUGGAGAACGGAAGAAGAGUGUAAUUGACAGCUCAGCUCCAGCAGCCAGUAAGCCACAAGUUAAUGCCCUUGUGGCCCGACUGCCUGUGCUCCUUCCCCGAGCUCCACCAUCACUUAUUCCACCUAUUCUGGCCCCUAAGCUUUCUUCAGGCACUCUGAAAGUAGCUACAUUGCCUCUGCCCACUAGGGUUGGGGGACCCCAGACAGCUGUGCCCAUCAUUAACAUGAUCUUACCACCUGUUCCUACUUUACCAGGGGCUGGGGCUGGACUUGGGCUUGGGCCAGGGCCUGGGCUUGGGCCUGGGCCUGUGCCCGGGGCUGGGCCUGUGCCUGUGCCUGUGCCUGUGCCUGUGCCUGUGCCUGGAACUGGGCGAAUUCCACCUAGGGCACUCAUUCUGCCUAGAGGCACAGAGAGCAGGGAGAUGGGCAUAAGUGGUGACCCACGACCCCAUGACAAGGGUAUCAAAAGGACAGCUGAAGUGCCUUUGAGUGAGGCCAGUGGGCAGGACCCACCAGUUAAAGAAGUGAAGCACUAUACAGAGGAUACUGUAAGUGAAGCCAAAAGGAAGCGGGGCCGUCCUCGAAAAAAGCCAGGUGGGAGCGGGGAGAGACACCCUACUCCGGAGAAGUCUGAAGCUGCAGCUGCUGUGAAUUCUCCCCAGUCUCCAAGGUUACUCUGGGAGACAUGGGGCUCAAAAGGGGAAGACAACUUACUUAGGAGACCAGAAAGACUAGGGCCAAUGGGUGAAGCUGAGCAGGAAACAGUGCCCACUCAAGGUCAGAAAGAUUGUGCUGUUUCCAAAGAAGAAAGGAGCCUGAGUUCCCAGCAAGCCAAAGAAGCAGAAGAUAAAAUUCCUCUCAUCACCUCAAAAGUGAGUGUUAUCAAGGGCAGAAUUCAAAGGGAGGCUCUUCCAUUGGUAAAGGGAGAGACUGACACUGCAACACAGGGUAACAAAGGGUUAAAGGGGCGUGUACUUCAAAGUUCCCUAACCUAUGAGCAUAAAGAUCCCAAAGCAACACCCCCGUGAUAGCCAGGCCUGUGGGAAGAAUGGCUAUGUUCUUGUGAGCUCCACCUGCCCGCCUGGUAGAGGCCCUUCACUGCACCUGCUUCUCAUUCAGCUAGCCUUUCCCUAAAGGAACCCAUUGGCCUGGCUUACAUAGUGCCUGGUGGCUGCUUCAAACCUUUCCAGCUAAAUGCCUUGGCUUUAAUACAACUAGUAAAUGUGUAAUGACCUCCCACCUAGAUCCCUGUACUCUCCUGGGAGAAACAGAGGUAGGGUAAAUGUGAAUACAGGUUAGGGAUAUUCUGGCUUCUAAUACAUUUAGAACACACACUUAAGAUAAAAGCUAUUUAUUGGCUUCUGAAAUUGAGAAGUCAAGAGGUGGUGCUCGCUCCAGGUGAGACUUGAUCUGAUUGUUCAGUAUGUUUUUCAUACCUAAUGUAAAAAUCAUCCUUAGUUUGGACCACUUCACAGCUGCCAACACUCCUAGAACUGUAUUUGACCAUUACAUCUAAGCAGAAAGAAAGGGUUUCAUUGUGCCAGGAAUCCUAGCGAAAGCCCAAAGAUUCACUAUGAUAAACCAGCCUGGGUCAGGUCUUUUCUUGACCAACUAGUGUGGCCAGGAAGAUGUUUAUGCUAGUGUGUUUAUUACACAUCAUGGACCAGCUUUAGAAAAAAGGGUGGAAUCAGCUUUCUCAUACAACAGACUUCCCCAGAUGGAGACUUGGAGUGAAGGAUGGAGAGCUUCGGAAAGUAUGUUUUAGCUUGGUAGGCUGAGGUGAGCUAGACUGCUGCCUUAGGUUCCCUGAGUUUUAAUUUUUGUCAGUGCAGCUGUAACUUCUUAUUUCAUUGUAGUCAGAGAAGGACAGAGAAGGAGGCCAUUCUCUUCAGAGUCUAAUUCUCACAUGACAACUUUUCUACCUGUCUUACAGACAGCUCCUUUAAUGAUCUGAAUUUUACUUUCUCAAUCCUGCCCACCAAUCUGGUGUCACUUUCUUUAUUCAUUAUGUUCAUUCUGCAUCCACCAGGUGUCAGUCUCUUGUCAUACAUGUGUCAGGUGCUACCAGGACUGGGGGGCGGGGAUAAGUGGUACCGAUUCUGCAAGUCAGGGAGCACCAGCAGGAAGGAUCCAGACACUCCAGAUAUAUCCUUGGGGACAGCAAGAAACCAACCCAUAUUAACUAAGGACCUCCUACUCUGUCCUCUCCACAGGAUAGCUUCUUGUCAGGGAGUCAUGGUUUUAUUCCCCCAAGAAAUACAGAUUUUCUUUCAGGGAGAUAUCACCCAUUUCUCCAUUUAUUUCCACAAGAGCAGAUUUUUUAAAAAUUAUAAUAUUUGAUAUCUAUAAAGAAAUAUGUACUAUAAAUUAUGAAAUAUAAUGAGUACCUAUGACCCGUCAUUUAACUUAUACAUUAAAAAUAUUAUUAGGUUUAUGCCCCCUUCCCUACCUCUGCUUAGAGGUAACCACUGUCUUAAAUUUUAUGCUCAUUAAUCACUUGUUUAUGUAUAUUGGCCAUGUGUGUAUAUAUUCUUUAAGAAUGUAUUAUUUCAUUUUGCUUGUAUUUUAGCUUUACAGAAAUGUUGUACUCUGUUAUUCCCUUGAAGUUUGCUUUUUUGCACUUACCAUUGUUUCUAAGAGUCAUCUGUGUUGUAAUAGCUAUGGUUCAUUCAUUUUCGUCUGUAUAAUACUGUAGGAAGCACAUAGAACACAACUUAACCAGUCAUUCACCUAUUGAAUAACAUUGGGCUGUUUCCAGGUUUUUGUUAUUAUACACAAUGCUGCUAUAAACAUUCUUGUAUAUGAGUGCCUUUGUUUUUAGUAAGAUUCCUGAAGAGGUUACUAAGAUGGUCCUAGACUAUCCUUUUGGUCUGUGUACUGAGUUGGGGACUGUUGCCUCUUGUCUUACUUUAUGGAAGAGUUUACAUCAUAUUGAAAUGAACUGUUCUUGAAUGUUUGAUAAAACUCACCUAUAAAGCCA